AUGGAAGCCCUGGAAGAAGCGCCUUGGGAGUACAGCUUUCCGCCCUUUUUCACGCUUCAACCCAAUGAAGAAACAAGGCGUCGGCAGCUGGCCACCUGGGCCGACUGGGUGCUCGCCUAUACCAAAAGAGCCAAUAUCAACCGCCUGGUUGUCGCUGAUGCCCCACAGAUGGAGCUCUUCAGCAACCGUGCCAUCGCUCGCAGCCUCAACGCGGACGGCAUCAGAUCUGUGCUUGACUAUCUAGAACAACGUGGCAACCUCGAAUGGAUCGAUGGCGGAACCUCAUGCCUUCUUAUUUGGCAGUCGCCUGCAAGAUGGGCUCAGCUCUUAUAUGAUUGGGCGGUGCGAACCGGCAACACUGACACCGUCUGCACCUUUUACGAGCUGCGCGAGGGCGAAAGUACAGAAUCUGAGCCUUUCCACGGCAUUGAUGCUGAAAUGCUGCGCAAGGCAGUUGCAGCACUCCAACGCGAACACAAGGCCGAACUCAUUCAGAUGAAUGAUGCUCCCAAUGAUCUUGAGGAUGGCAUCAAGUUUUUCUAA